AUGGUAAUAGUUGCUUUAUCUUCUUCCCUCCCCGGAAGGACCAACCUCUUCUCCUCUUUACCUCCCCACGACCCCAUUCCUUCCUCAUCCCCCACCCCUCGCCCGCCUAUUCCCAUUCCCAAAUACCCCCCACCUCGAAAAUCCCAAACCCCACCACCACCAUCAAACCCCGCCCUCAAAUACCACCGCAACUCCAAAUACUACAAACCCAUCAAACACGACACCGUCAUCACCUCCGAAGGCGACCGCUCCGUAAUCAUCGGAGAAUCAGGCGUCUCCUACCUCCUCCCCGGCGCCCCAUUCGAGUUCCAGUUCAGUUACUCCGAGACUCCCAAAGUUAAGCCCCUGGCGAUUCGUGAACCGGCGUUUCUACCGUUCGAGCCUCCCACGAUGCCGAGACCGUGGACCGGGAAAGCGCCGUUGAAGAAGUCGAAAAAGAAUAUUCCGCUUUUUGAUUCAUUUAAUCCUCCGCCUCCUGGCACGAAAGGAGUUAAGCACGUUGAAAUGCCGGGUCCUUUUCCCAUUGGGAAGUUUCCAGAAGAAGGAAUGACUAGAAAAGAGAUACUUGGGGACCCUCUUAAGAAGUGGGAGAUAAAAAUGCUUGUUAAGCCUAUGAUUUCUGAUAAUCGCCAGGUUAAUCUCGGAAGGGAUGGAUUAACGCAUAACAUGUUGGAGUUGAUACAUUCGCAUUGGAAGCGUCGCCGUGUCUGUAAAGUUCGUUGUAAAGGUGUUCCUACUGUUGAUAUGAAUAAUGUUUGCCGCCAUAUUGAGGAGAAAGCAGGGGGAAAAAUAAUUCAUCGAGCUGGUGGCACAGUUUAUCUUUUCCGUGGAAGAAAUUACAACUACCGUACUCGUCCACAGUAUCCAGUGAUGCUCUGGAAGCCAGCUGCUCCCGUAUAUCCAAAACUUAUACAAGAUGCUCCAGAAGGAUUAACAAAAGCUGAAGCAGAUAAAUUAAGGAUGAAAGGCAAAAGCCUGUUGCCAAUAUGUAAAUUAGCCAAAAAUGGAGUAUACACAUCACUUGUAAAGGAUGUCAGAGAUGCUUUUGAAGGAAGCCAUUUGGUGAAGAUUAACUGCAAAGGAUUGGAUCCUAGUGAUUACAAGAAAAUAGGUGCCAAGUUAAAGGAUUUGGUUCCUUGUGUGCUAUUGUCUUUUGAUGAUGAACAAGUAUUGAUUUGGAGGGGCAAAAACUGGAAAUCAAUGUACCCAAAAGUUCCAGUUUUUACUCCUGCUAAAGCUGACAUUACAAGGAAUUCGGACAAUACAGGCAUGGUUAAUGACAAUCAAUCUAAGCAUAUGGGCAACAUGGUCAACUCAAGCCCAAAAAUGUUAUCUCUGUGGAAGAGUGCAAUUGAGUCAAACAAAGCUUUGUUGCUAGAAGAAUUUAAUCUUGGACCGGAUGCUCUCUUGGAGAAGGUAGAAGAAUUUGAGGGUGUUUCACAUGCCACAGAGCACUCCCAUCCAGCAUUUAUUUCUUCAAGUGAAGAUGCUUUUGAAGGUUCAAUUGGAUACCCUCAAGAUGGUGCAGAUGACAACUAUUCAAAUGAAGAAGGCCUAGAUGAUGUUGAUGAUUAUGAUGACAGCAAUGAUGAUGAAGAUGAUUAUGAUUACUACAACGAUGACGAAGACAAUGAGCUUAAUGAUAUAGUGGUUACAUCUGCUCAACCCGGGUCGCUACCAAUUGAUUUGCUUGUUGAUAAGCUCAAACCAAGACAAAAGAAGUAA